AGGGAAAGUUUGUUGAAAUACUUUAUUUAAUGAUCCUUCAAAUAUUUAAAUUUGCAGUUACAAAUGCCUAAUAUUCGGCAGUCAUCUUUUCCUCCACCACAGUCUCUAUUGCCCGACAAUCAUCACAAUCAACAGCUAGCAAUUCGAAUGCUUCCUGGGGUUGCUCCCCCUCUUCACAGUUCAUUGCCCCAAACACAACAUCAGAUUAAGCUUCCAUUAUUGGCUGAAAACAACUUUCAAAAUGGGAGAUUAUCAAUAAAUUCUGGAGGUCAUUCCAUUCCAACUAUUCGAGCCCAGGAUGAUUUGGCUGCUAUUCCACAGAUUCAUGGCACUUCCUCUUCGUUGAUGCAGCAAAUGCGUCAUCCUUUGUUGCCUCAAAUGGGACUUGUUCGACCUGCUAAUUUAGCCUAUAACAGUCAACCUGCUGCCCAUAACGGUUCAUUUCAACCUUCUUUAUUAGCAUGUCCACCAUCAACUGAAAAAUGUUUUCAGCCAGGCUCCUCGGUAUUGUCUGCUCCUCCUGACAACAUUAAUAAGUAUCCUCUUGAAACCCAAUCUGGUAGCAAUUCAGCUUCGCUCAAAAGACCAUUUGAACCUUCAGGGCUCCCUGAGAGAGCUGGAAUGCUAAAUGAUAGUAUAGAUGCUAUGAAUCACCCAUCAAAGUUAUCAAAACGAAAUGAUGGAAGGAGUUCCUAUCAAUCAGGAGAAUUGAAUGUGGAUAAUUUGGUAACAAGACCUUCAAGGCUAGCUAGCAUAUCUGGAAAACAUGUUUCCAGAACGGAAGAGGCUUCAAGUUCUGAGAAACAUGCUCUUCAGCUAACCCCGGAUGUGGAGUCGACCCUAUUGCAGCAAGUGAUGAGUCUCACGCCUGAACAGUUGAGCUCAUUGCCCCGGGAUCAGCAGGAGCAGGUCCUUCAGCUUCAACAGAUGCUUAGACAGCCAACGUAGGCCAGUGUCUCGCCCUAACAAUUUUCCUCAAGGGCUAUAGUCCUCAGCAGCCACAAAGCAGAGCGCCUUCUCAAAUAACCAUACAGUCGUGGCAGCAUUAUGUAAAACCACUUUGUUGUAAAUUUAUUUUUUCUUUCAAAGAUUAGCUAGCAUAGGUUAAUUGCUAUAGAAAUAUUCCCUUCGUGUAACGAUGUAUAAACACAAUGAAUGAAUAAAUGGGAGGAGUAACAUUUUUGGGGUUUUAGAACUGUUUUUUAUUCCAUGGUAUUGUUUCGAAGGCUAUGAGCUCAGU